UCUUCCGUAAGCGCCAUGUUUACAACUCCAACAUGACUGUAGAGCAGUCAUUGCUACCGCAAUCUUAUAAUAAGAACCAGCCAGAGCGUCCAGUACGUAUAGAACCCAAUGUGUUAGAGCAGAUCAAGGAAGUGACAGGUAUUGAGGACGUCAAGGUGAUCAGCCAGGCUAUAUCAGCUUGCUGUACGGAGCAGGGGAAAUAUGACCUGUCUGAGGUGGUCUCUCUGCUCGUCUCGGAAGUGGCGACCAUCAAGCCCACACAGCAGAAACCGGAGCCUGUAGAGAAACCAGAGAAAGACACGGAGCAGACAACAACCAAGAUUAUCACCCAACCCACGGAUGCCACAGAUGUCCCUGUGAAUACACGCAAGUCUAAGAGUGACAGUGCAUUAGUUGACCUGACCAAUGAUGAAGAUCAGCUCCAGAAAGCCAUCGCCGCCAGCCUGCAGGACAACCAGGGAAUUCUGGGAGGACAGAUCUCGCGAGAGGAGCAAGAUAUUAGUAGAAUCCUCGAGGCCAGCCUGGCAGAGAGUAAAGCUGGCACCAAGAGGAAAAGAGGCGACAUUUGGUUUGUAGACCCACUCAAUCCGUAUGAGAGAAGAAGGAAGGAGGCAUGGCCGGUGGGGCUCAAAAAUGUGGGCAACACCUGUUGGUUUAGUGCAGUCAUACAGUCAUUGUUUCAUCUUCCUAUCUUCCGCCACUUGGUGCUGAAUUUUGUCUCUCCAGCGGAGACACCACAGGGAACGCUACAGGAAAAGCGUAACCUGCGUUUCAUGCAUGAGCUGCGGCGUCUGUUUGCGCUGAUGAUCGGGUCUCAGAGGAAGUAUGUUGACCCUUCUAAGGCUGUGGAUAUCUUAAAGGAAGCCUUCACUUCUCCUAGCGGUACCAGUGACAGUCAACAGGAUGUGAGUGAGUUUCAGCACAAGUUACUAGAGUGGUUGGAGGAAGCUUUCACAUGUCAUGACUCCAGACCUACAUCGCCUACACAAGGAACUAGUAGUGAAGAAUCUCUUAGUAGUGCCAAAAACCCCAUGAUAGAUUUAUUCUAUGGCCAAGUCACCACGGAUGGAUUCCAUGAAGGCAAAGCUUUCUGCAGACAGGAGACGUUUGGUCAGUUUCCUCUCCAAGUGAACGGUUUCCAUGACAUCCAUGAGAGUCUUGAGAACGCCACGGCACAGGGAGAGAUUGAGACUGUCACUGGGGAGUCCUCAUCUAAAUCUGGCCAGGAGCAAUGGUUUACAAGACUUCCUCCUUUCUUGACCUUUGAGCUGUCAAGAUUUCAAUUUAAUCAAACACUGGGGAGGCCAGAAAAAAUACACAACAAAUUAAAAUUUCCUAUGACAAUCUAUAUGGACAGGUAUAUGGAGUGCAAUAAAAGUGUGACAAGACAGAGGAGAGAGAAAGUGAAAAGUCUGAGGGAAGAAUUACAGCAUUUACACAGUAGAUUAGACAGGUUCACAAACUAUGGGUCUGGACCCAAGAGAUUUCCCCUGCAAGACGUGUUACAAUAUGCUCUAGAGUUUGCUCAAACCAACCCAGACGUUGCCUGCUCAUCUCCCGCGGGCCCUGCAGCGCCCCCUGUCUGUGAUGUUGUACAAGAUGUGGAAAUGGAAUCGCCCAGGUCUCUCAACAACAGUUCAAACUUAGAACCCCCCUCCCCCUCGCUUGUGAAGUCAUCAUCAUUACCUGAUGUUGCCAUGGCAUCGCCGCAUGGUAAGCUUUCCUCCCCAGCAAAACGCCUUCUAGUCGUGCCAAAGCCUGCCCCGCGGGAAGUGUCCAGUACGGAGCUGGGCGUUCUACAGUCGUGUCUUACAAGAUGGAGGACCGAGGUGGAAAGUGACGUGAAAGAAUUACAAGAUGGUAUUAGUCGUCUGGACGAGGAAGUUGGGAACAUGUACAGUGAUGACAUGAUGAAAAAGUUCCCAUACAGACUCCAUGCGGUGUUAGUUCACGAGGGUCAAGCUGCCUCUGGCCACUACUGGGCCUAUGUGUAUGACCACGCUAAUGGACGCUGGCUAAAAUUCAACGACAUCACCGUGACUGAGGCAUCAUGGGAAGAGCUGGAGAAGGAAGGCAUUGGUGGCUAUCACAACGCCAGUGCAUACUGUCUGAUGUAUGUGGAUACUAGCAGAGAGGACCUUAUACAGGUUUAAGGCUAUAAAGGGAGCAGCUGAGAGGAAGUUAUCAGAAAUGACAUCAGAUGCCAGUGAACAAAUGAAGAGUGAAUACAAGAAAUGGCAUGAGAACUUCAGCAAUUUCCGCCGUGUGAUCAUGUGUGUAGUGCUGGGGAUAGAAGCAUUUCAUAAAGAACGCUACCAGGAGUCGCUGCCAUAUCUUCACUAUGCAUAUCUGACCAACCGCUCCCUCAUAGCGGACGGCAACAGGAUGAAAGGCUUUGAUAACAAGCUGAUGGCCUAUUAUCAGAGGCAGUGUUUAUUGGUGAGAUACCUUACUUAG